UCGGCCGUGGGAGCCGCUAGCGGUUCCCGUUCGCCCGGCUGUGUCAGGACCGUUCCCACCGCCGCUGCCCACAGAGCCCCGGCGGGCGGGGAGGGAAGAACUGGGUGUCCUGCCCGCUGCCCUGAGGAUCCUGCCCGCUGCCCCGGUGGAGCUGUGGGAGGAGGGCGGGAGGUGCCUGGGGUAACCCUGGAAGCGGGGGUGGAACGCGGGGAAAGGCGCUGGAUCCCGGUGCAGCCGCGGGAAAGGCACCGCCGCUCCCUCCCGAGCCCCGUGAGCUGCGCCUGGGUUGGGGCGGGAGAGCCCCGCGGAGCCCCGGGGGGAGGCGGGCGCGGCCCUGCACCGGCGGCUCCCGCUCUGGACUCAAUCCCGCGCCCCGAUCCCGGGUUUUCCCGGGCGCUGGCGCCCUGCGGGAAUGUCUCGUCCCUCUAAAUCCGCCUGGCUGACCGGGCACUCGCGAUCCUGCCAGAUAAGGGCUGUGGGUCUCUAUCUCCUCGUCCGGUCGCCAUGGUUGCAUCGCAAGUACUCAGCUGCGCCUGGCUACAGAAAUUUGUCGGUCUUGUUAAAGAAUGGAGGUUUCCUGCUUGCCGGAAUUCAGUUGUGCGAUGCGCCUGGUAUGUGCCAUGUCUAGCUUCACAUGAGACCCUCCAAGAAUUAUGUAGGAAGGAAAAUCUCACAUGUAAAUCCAUUGGAAUCACCAACAGGAGUCUAAAGAGUUAUGAGGUGGAAUAUUUGUGUGACUACAAGGUAGAAGAGGGCAAAGCAUACUAUCUUGUGAAAUGGAAAGGAUGGCCAGAAUCUUCAAAUACUUGGGAACCUCGGAAGCAUCUGAACUGCCCUCUGCUUAUUCAGAACUUUCUUAGAGACAAGAAUGAGUACUUGUCUCGGGGGAGAGGAGGCAAAGCAAUGAAACUGAGAAACCACGUUAAAACUCUGAAACCUGCAAUUGCAGAUUAUGUUGUAAAGAAGGCUAAACAAAGAAUAGCUCUGCAGAGGUGGACGGAAGAACUCAACAGGAAAAAGAAUCACAAAGCAAUGAUUCUGGUAGAAAACACCGUGGAUCUUGAAGGGCCUCCUUUAGACUUCUAUUACAUCAAUGAGUAUAAACCUGCUCCAGGAAUAAAUGUGCUCAAUGGAAUAACAACUGGCUGUGAAUGUGCUGACUGCCCUGCUGAGAAGUGCUGUCCAAAGGAGGCUGGCUUUAUUUUGGCUUACAAUAAACGUAAGAAAUUGAAAAUCCAGCCUGGCUUGCCCAUCUAUGAGUGCAAUUCAUAUUGUAGGUGUGGGCCUGACUGCCCCAAUAGGAUUGUGCAGAAAGGGACCCCAUAUUCCCUCUGCAUCUUCAGAACCAACAAUGGCCGUGGCUGGGGAGUAAAAACCCUCCAGAAAAUUAAAACCAACAGUUUUGUGAUGGAGUAUGUUGGAGAGGUGAUUACAAGUGAGGAAGCAGAGAGGCGAGGCCAGUUCUAUGACAACCAGGGAAAUACAUACUUGUUUGAUUUGGACUAUGACUCAGAUGAAUUUACAGUAGAUGCAGCUCGAUAUGGAAAUGUGUCCCACUUUGUGAACCACAGUUGUGAUCCAAAUCUUCAAGUCUUCAAUGUGUUCAUUGAUAACCUCGACUUGCGUCUUCCCCGAAUAGCGCUGUUCUCCACCCGGACCAUCAAGGCUGGAGAAGAGCUGACCUUUGACUAUCAGAUGAAAGGUUCAAUAGAUCUGACUUCAGACUCUGCUGAAGGUCUUAGCCCAUCCAAAAAGAGCAUCAGAACUGUCUGUAAAUGUGGAGCCAUGUGUUGCAGAGGUUAUCUCAACUGAGUUCGGAAAUUUGGCAGUCAUGGCUGAAAUAAGUUGCUGGCUACAGUUUGGAAAUAGCAGAAGGUUAAGGAGAGCAGCCCAUUGUCUAACAAAGCCAGUGCAGUGUGGAGAUAUGGUCUGUUAUCUGUUAGGUGCAAAAGACCCCUGGGAUUGAUGUAUAUUCACAAUUGGUUUUGGUUAAACUUUUACAUACUGUGUCUUUUUUACCUAGUGACAGACUUCUAAGAUAGUAGGCUUGUAUUUUCUGGUUGCAAAAAUGCUAACUUCAGUGAAGUUAGACUAGGGGUGAGUAUACCCAUUUGCUGUAGACAUUUGUAAGAUGUUCUUGAAUGUAAAGGCUGAGAAAUGUGCUGUUCUUCAGCUGCUCGAGUCAUCUUUUGUUUUCCUGAUCAUCUUAAAGUUGUCUCAAUCUAUUCAUAACAUAUGCUAAGUUUUGCUUGGCUUCAGAACCACUGAAGAGCAGUUGAGGUGGGUGAUGAGUGGAGUUACAGCCAAGGUCCAUGCUCUAGGAAUGAUCCACACACUUUUUUCUCAUGGAUUCAGAGCUUGUAAAACUUGCAUAUUGCUUGCCAGUCAUGUAAAUGUUGACAGGGUCAGGCAGAAUAAUGUUGCUCCAUAAGUGGAUGCUCCAUAGCUGGAUGUAUCAUAGGUCAGCUAGUUACCUUUAUAAGGUGCACAGCUGGUGGCUCAGGUGAAUGAAGUCAAGUACCGAGCAUGUAACUGUUUACUUAAUUUGUUAGAAAAUGCCUUAAAUUUCAUGUUAAUUGUCAGCACUUCAAAAGGAACAUUUCAAGGUUGUUUCUUAAGAAGCACAGUUGCAUUUGUACUGAAGAUCUGGCUCUUUGGUAGCAAAUGAUAUUUUAUAUGCUACUAGCCAAAAUCAGUUUUACACUUUUGGUGAAGAGCAUGGGCUGCUGGAAAUGCUGUGUGAGUUUAAUCUACAAUACAGAGAUACACGUUGAAAUAGAGACUUUAUAUUGCUUAAUGAAUAGGAGGAAGUUUGCUUAGAUUUAAAAGUAUUUGAUGUGAUCAGGCUGACCUGUAUCCAGAUGAUAAAUGCUGAAUCUCGUCAGUUUUUAUCAUGCCAUAUCUCUAGUGAAUUUUUAUUUUAAAUUUAAAGUUUUAAGUGGAAUGUGGAGCUUUAACGUCAGCAAACUGCAGAUGAUCUUGCAUCGUUUGGAGUCGUUAGCGCUUUCCCUUGCAUGUCGCUCAGAUGAGCAGUGCGUUCCAUGGGAUGGAAUGUGCAGACUCCAGCCCUUAACCCGCGCUGUCCCUGCAGGGUGGAGGCUGCGCUGGGCGUGCAUUCCCUCCUCCAGCCCCGCCUGUGCCGCGGGCACGGGGCAGGCCCAGGCUCUGUUUCCCCCAUGCCCAGUCUGAUUUAAAUAUCGCAAAGAGAUGCAUUUUAGAAGGUAACAGCUGUGGCAGUUGUACUGGAGUGCGGUACUGCCUUUUCCAGAGGCACAGAAUGUUAUCACCAGCACUGGAAUAACGCUGCUGUUUGUCAAGGAUUCGUGUGUUAUCUUCUGCCAUAAAUAAAGAACUGUUCAUUUGUGUUCUGGGAGGUAGCAGUAUUUUGUAUUUAUUUGAAGGAAACCCAUGGAUCCAGUUUCCAACAGAAGAGCCUUGAACAGUAUUUUAUAUUGAUGUAUUCACAGUGUAUUUGGAUUGCAGUCAAUGAAUUACCUUAAUGGGACAUUGUGUCACUUUUAAAACUCCUUUUACUGUUUUUAUGAGUUUGGCAGAAAAUUGCCAAAUUGGAAAUGGAGAAAUAGCUGUUUUCAAUUUCAUAGGGAAGCUAAACCAGCCCAGCUUCUGCCUUUGUUUUGCUUUGUGGUCCUUUGGCAUCGUCAUGGUCACCAAUUCAGUCGUGUGUGUGCACUUCUUGGGGGCUGGUAACCUCUGCCCUGCUCUCCAGCUGUUCUUUUUUUGUUGGUUCUAUUUUUUGUAGCAAAACUAAAGCUGCAAGAUCACCUGUAAGAAAAGCUAUUGUCUAUUUAUUUAAUCUCCAAGUUAAGUCAAUCUUUUGAUUAUUUUUUAAUGUAUGUUUUAGGAACUGUAUUAGAAUAUGCAGUUUGUAAGCUCAGGAACAUUUUCUUUUCAUACUGUGUCGUCUCUAGUAUUGCUGUCUUCCUAUAGUUUUUGAUAAAAUAAAUUAAAUUUAGUUUU